UUUGUGGUGAGACUGAGAAGUUGCACAAUACAAGGAGAGAUCUGGAAGAGUUCACAUCUUGUCUCUAGUUCUCACAGGGUUGAUUAAAAGUCUUUUUCUCUCUCCGUUCACAAUGAAGUUUUUUGGAGCUCUGAUCCUCUUCAUGACUCUGUCUGCAGCAUGUGGACUGAGAUGCUACUCAUGUUCAGGCCUCCAGUGCACAGAUGUGGAAUAUUGUCCACCUGAAUCUGACCGUUGUGCCGUAAGUGAUCUGAAUGGUUACAUCGCCAGGAGCUGCAUGUUCAGUGGUUCAUGUAAUAGUCCCACAAGGUGCUGUAGGGGGGACUUGUGUAAUGACAACCAGUUUGCUCAAUCCAACGCCACACCCACUGCAUCCAUUGUCCUCCUCCUGCUGGUAUCCUCAGCCAUCGUCACACUCUCUCUCUGAGGCUCUGGAGCAGCUACAGCUUAAGAAUAUCUUUUUUACCCAGCUUAUAUAAGAAUAAACACAUUUCCAAAAUGUAAACGCUGUAAAGGACUGCAGAUCAAUGUCUGUUAAAUAAAAACACAACAUAAUCUACCA